UUUUCAGUCUGGUCCGCAGAGGUUACCCAUAAAAGAAAGCUGCCAUCACAGGCAGCAGAUCUUUGUUCUCUGACCACUUGAUAAUGUCAGGACGCGGCAAAGGAGGUAAGGGCCUGGGGAAAGGGGGUGCCAAGCGCCACCGCAAGGUGCUGCGCGACAACAUCCAGGGUAUCACCAAGCCAGCCAUUCGGCGCCUUGCUCGCCGCGGCGGCGUGAAGCGCAUUUCUGGCCUCAUCUAUGAGGAGACCCGCGGAGUGCUGAAGGUGUUCCUGGAGAACGUGAUCCGGGACGCCGUGACCUACACGGAGCACGCCAAGCGCAAGACGGUCACCGCCAUGGACGUGGUCUACGCGCUCAAGCGCCAGGGCCGCACCCUCUAUGGCUUCGGCGGCUAAAUGGCAUUUUGAAGCCCAGUCAUUCUCUAAAAAAGGCCCUUUUUAGGGCCCCUAAGCUUUCAACAAAAGAGUUGAAAUGACUGCAAACUGGGUCUCUUAAUAGGGCCAUUGUCAGUGAGUUCUGUCAUCCUAUUUUACAAGAUUAACUCGACGCCGAAAAUGGGCUGAUGACUACAGGUGACCUUGGGCCGAGAUUUUUCCAAGGCCAGAAGAGCCUCUGCUGGCCAGUAACUUCUGGCGGCUGCCUGGAAAUUGCCUGCAGCCGGUUUACCGCUCGGAUUAGUUUAGAAAGCCAAGGGGUCUGCGGUCCAAAUAGGGGCGGGCUAGAUAAUUAACUUCCCUCUGGACCUUCAAAUACGUCUCAGGAGAUAAUGAGUUUGAUGGGCUCCACUAAAUGCUAGAACCUCCAGGAAAACUUCGUGGUGGCUGGUUUAAGAGGACUUGGCGGGCACAGAGCUCUGCAUGGGGGGGAGGGGGACAGACCAUACUUUUACUACUGUAGAACAGUCGGGCAGUCUUAAGAGUCUUAGUAAUAAUAUUCCUUUAUAUGUUUGCCUUUUAAAUACUGGAAUAUAUCAAGUAUACAAAAUGCGCUGGUGACCACACCACUUGUUCAAGUGCAUCUAAAAUCCUUAUGUCCCUUUCUCAGUAGCACAGCCCUCCCUUUUUCCUAUCUAGAAUUAAGUAAUAUUCUAGGAUAAACUGAUAUUCUAAAUUUGUUUACUGUUCCCAUGCGUUUUAACUUUAGAUGCACAUACCCCUAAUCUAUUUUAAUCGUCAUGAAUUUUUACAUUUGCUCUUGAAAUAUAUCCGUGUUGAAAUGUGCAGUUCUAUGUUAUUCUUACCAUUAAUCUAGUUUUCUAAUGUGUCAGUAAAUACUUUAUUCAUUUCUCUGUUGAUUUUUUUUCCUCAUUACAAAACAGCACUGUAUACAGCUGUGCAUUUUCUGGUUACAUGGAAGUGGAAUUAUUUGGUAAAUGUGCAUAUUCAACAUGAAUAAAAAUGAACAAUUUGCUUUCCAGGGUAGUAUUUUAAAUUUAUACUCCCAUAUUCCACCAGCAGUGCUUGAGAGUUAUUGUUUAUCAGCAUUUCCUAAUGUCAAAUCGGAGUUUUUCUAAAUGAGAUUUUUGGCUAUUUGGAGAUUUUCCCACUUUCCUGGGAAUGGUCUAUUCAGAUUCUCUACAGUUUUUAUUUUAUGAGAUUUGAUUUGUAAAUAUUCUUUAUAUAUUUGAGUUUUAACUUUUUGUCAGUAUGUGACAAAUAUAUUCUGUCACCUUGUGGGUUUGUUUUUAACUGUUCGUGAUAUCUUUGGAUGUGCAAAAUUUUAAUAAUGUUGGAUUUAUAUUUUUUAUAGUUUUUGAAUGCUGCCUUUUCAUAAAGGAGUUAUCUUACUUCCACUUUCCCCAGGAGCUGCAGGCAUCAAUCUGGGGGGAAAAAAACAAAAACCAAAAACAUUUAGGCGGCUUAUGUCCUGAUUUGGCUUGAAUUGGAUAGUAAGGCUUUUCUGAAAUCGCUGUAAGAGUAGCAUUAAGAGCAAGCUAAGGGAAGACCUGAUAAAAGAUUGAUCUUACUUUCUAAAUAAGCAAUGAUUAACAAUACCUAAAAUUUUCAAAGUAUUACAAAA